GGAAAGUUAGAAGACAAGACAGGUCUUUUAAAGUGGCUAGAAUACUAUCGUUCAGUACGGGAGGAUAAAGCGAAUUAUAAAUGUCCAGGAGAAGAUACCCUUCGAAAAUGUCUCGAUCAUUACAUUAAAGGUUCUAUUAAUUAUCGUAAAGAUUUUGGCUAUAAAAAUGAUCUUUUAUUAGAAUAUAAUGCAAGGAUAGUUCAUUUUCCGGUGGCAUUUGUUCAUACGAUAGAUGUAUUUGAUGUUCAAAGUGCUAUAAAAUGUGGUGCAAAAUCAAAUUUUGCCGUUAUUGCAAGAUCAGGUGGUCAUUCUUAUGAAAGCUAUAGUAUUGGUGAUAGAGAUUGUGUUUUAAUUGUUGAUCUUAGAUAUAUGAAUAAGAUUAUUAUAGAUGUAAUCACACAAACUGCUAUAAUUGAAACCGGAAAUACUCUAGAUACAUUAUAUUACAGUUUGAAUAAACAUGCAUUUGUUUUUCCAAGUGGUGAUUGUUCUACAAUUGGUGUUGGUGGCAUUAUUUUGGGUGGUGGCCAAGGAUACCUCAUGCGAAAAUUUGGAUUGUCAUGCGAUAAUAUUCUUGAUGCUCAAAUUGUUUUAGCAAACGGAACGAUAGUUAAUCAUGUCAAAGAAUAUUCUGAUCUUUUCUGGGCUCUUCGGGGUGCUGGAAAUGCUGGUUAUGGCAUUGUCACUACUUUAACUCUUAAAAUCUAUCCUAUUCAGAAGAUUGUAACUAGGAUGAUUUUUUCUUAUGAUAUUGAUAAAGCUCAAUUAGUAUAUUCGGUUAUGAAUAAAUUGGGGAACAGCUUUCAUCAAAACUUAACUCUUGGGAUCGAUCAUCAAAUUAAUGGUUCACUCGAUAUUAAUGGGUAUUAUCUAGGUUCUUUAAAUGAACUAAAACCUCAUAUACAAGAACUUAUAAAUUUGACUAAGCCUAAAAAUAAAUCAUAUGCUGAAGGAGAUUGGUAUCAUACAAUAAUUUUUGAUACGAGAGGGACCAGAGGUCAUUAUAAAGUAAAGUCUUUUUUUAUUUACUCCCCGGGACUAUCUGAUGAAGGUGUUAAGUAUUUAAUAGAAUUUAAGAAAACUUUCAAAUGUUCCCUUUUUACAAGAACAUGGUUAUUUGGUGAAAAAGUUAACAAGAUUGGACAAAAAGAAAGUGCAUAUGUACACAGGGGAUUCAUGUGGAUUCUAUUAAUGCAAAUAGAAUUGGAUAAGGAUAAUUAUGAAAUCUGUUUAAAAGAGUUCGAAAAUUUUUCUCUAGUCUUUCAAAAAACUUAUACUAGUGCAGAAAGUUAUCAAAAUGUGAUGGAUAGAGAAUUAGAUAAUUGGCAAUGCAGAUAUUAUGGAGAAAAUUUUGAAAGGCUAGUAGAAAUUAAACGGAAAUACGAUCCCAAUAAUUUAUUUAAUUGGAAUCAAAGUAUACCUAUUAAUACUAAAAUUUCGUGUUAUUAG